AUGGCUAAUCGAAGGCAAUAUAAACACAGGCGUAAAUGGACAGAUCAAAUGAACGAGGAUCUUUUGAGUUGCAAACGCGAGGCUGUGGCAAUGACACAAAUGGAACAACCACCGUUGGAUGGAAAUAGCAAGAAAAAAGGCUAUAUUAAACUCAUGAAGGAGCUAUGGGAUGCGAAAGGAUAUAAUGAUUUUGGCUUCUCAAGCCAGAAUUUGCGUGAUCAAGCUGCAAGGCUGGAGAAAUCUUUGGAGCUGGGGGACUCGAGAAACGUAUCAAGAGAUUCUGUUGCUAUAAACCAAAGCAAUUUACCGGAGUUGAAUAAGGACAAUUUAAUACGGGAUUCGCAAACGGGAGAGGGCUCAAACGGUUUCGAUAUGUCGGCGAAAGAUGCCGCCUUGAUUGAUGAAUCGCAGUAUACAAAUCAAACGAAUGAAUUGCAAACAACAACCCGCCACGAUUUGCAUAAUAGUCAACAUGAAAUUCCUGGAGCACUCGACCAGAACGAAGAUAAUGCAAUUGUCUCUAUAAUAAUGUAA